AUGUCCAACGAGCAAAACGGAACAAGCGCUGCGUCGCCUUCGGGAAACGACCUCGCCCAGGCGUUCCAGGAACUGCAGCGAGGCGAACAGACGGCAGCUGCUCUGGAAAACCAUCUGGAUUCGAUUGAAAAGAAGAUUGAAGCCCUUCUUGCCCAGGCGCAGAAAGCCGAAGAGGAGCUGCAAAAUAUGCCGGCAGAGACGGACAAGUCUUCAGGAAGCGACGCGAAGGACUCGUCAUGA